CAAUUCACACUUGCUUUCAUAGUUCGGAAAAUGGCUUCCUUGUCCUGCAACCUUCUUCUCUCAUUGAUCCUCUUCUCUUCCCUCCAAUUCUACACUGCAAGCUCCACUGAAUUCGAGGUUGGAGGAGAUAAUGGCUGGACCGUCCCAUCCAAGCAGCAUGACGAGAUUUACAACAGUUGGGCAUCAAAGAACAGGUUGAAGGUUAACGACACUGUUCGUUUCAAGUACAAGAUAGACUCGGUUAUGGUGGUGAGUGAGGAGGAGUAUCAGAAAUGCCAAUCCUCUCACCCUAUCUUCUUCUCCAACAAUGGCGACACUGUGUUCAAACUGGACCGACCGGGCUUCUUCUACUUCAUCAGUGGCGUUUCUAGUCACUGUGAGAGAGGACAGAAGAUGAUCGUCAAAGUAUUGGAGCCGGCUGCGCCCCCACAGUCUCAGAACAGCACUGCCCAUUCCCAACCCAAGAAAAAUGGGACAGCCGAGCUGGCGGCCUUCAGUUGGACAUCCAUUUUCAUGUUCGUCUCGGCAGUCCUUGGGAUACAUUUGGUCACCCAUUCCUUUCCGUUAUUUUGAUUUAUGUGCUUGUGAGAAUUGUUUUGUUAAGUAGGGUUUUAAAUUUUAUGUUUGUCACCUUUUUUGCAUAAUAAUGUAAAUAAAUUAAGUUUCUUAAA